UAGCUUAUUUCCUCGAAUCAUGGUUGCUAUUGAACAUCGUUCGAAAUCUUCGACUACUACUUUACUGUCACCAUCGUCGACCUCAUCAACCUCCUCGAAUGCCACGGCAGCCAGCGUUAGUACAUCAUCAACUAAAUCUACUACAACAAUAACAGUCAAGAAAAUGACCGAUCUUUCAGCUUCGUCAACAUCAAAAAGUGCCAUUAAUCAACGUCAAGUCGAUGCGAAAAUAACCAAAAAGUCCCACAAGGAUCCGAACCCUCGUGAAGUAGCAAAACGUGGACUUAAAUUGGAUUUAACAACUAGCAAGGAUUUGAAUGACUAUAAUCUAAAAUCGCCUAAAUCACCAAUAGUGGCGCGUCUACCCCAUCAAACAUCGUUAACAUCAUCGACAGAUGUGGUUGAGGAUCGUAAAACAUUACGUGAAGCAUUAUAUCAGGGUAUAUUUCAUCGUCAUCGACGUACCAUAUUUGCCGUUGGCAGCUUUCUGCGUAUGCUGCGUAGCCGAAAUUCGCAAUACAAUACCAUACGCAGCUCAUCGGAAGCGGAAGACGAAGUUAGAUAAAAAUAAAUAAGCAAAAUUCUAUUAUUUCGAUAUAUAUUUAUAUUAUACAUCAAAAAUUCAGUUCAAAUGUUUUAAGUGUGAAAAAAGUCUCGGAAAAGUGAAGAGAAAAUAAUAAUAAUAAGGGAACGGUAUAACAAAGACAGGAAAAACAAAUA